AUGCCACAAAUCCCCUCCCCACAAGGGCGCAUCCCCACAGAUGAGCUCCACCCCCAAAAAGCCUAUAAAGACACAUCCACACAGCGGAAGCUCCACACACAGCCACACUCCAAGCACACUCAACCCGUCCUGCCCCCCACCACACAGUACACCGUGAUGGCCAGGCAAGGACCCCGCGCAUCUCCACCCAAGCUUAUGCCCACAAAGGACACAUCCCCCCCACUCCACACGCUGCAACCCCUUCACGCUGCCCUCCAGCCUGCCGUCCUGAUCCCUCCCCCUCUGAGACAUGAUAGCCAGCGUAGCAGCACACCACCAAGCCCGCCCAACCAUUCGGCCAACCACCCAUGCGCGAGCACAACCCGCAAGCCACCGCAGUGCAGGUACAAGAAGUGCUGCACUGCUCCACCCACCCAACCACGACCGCAGCCCAGCGCCAGCACGGGGGGCAGAGCCACAGAAGGAAGCAUCGGAAAAAGGCCACCAGAGCAUGCCAAAGACCAGGCACCCCACCAACCCCACACCUCAACCCCGGAGGUGCCCCAGCAUGCCGGCUGCACACUCCCGCACAGCAUAUCCCACCACACCAAGCAGGUCGGCCAACCCCUCCACCAAAGUGAAGCCACAUCCUUAUCACCGCCGUACACUGUCCGGCCAAGACCCCCUCGCCGGAGUCUAGUGCCGGAGCUUCAAAAGGGAGACGCAGCCUGCACUUCUUUGCCUGAGUGUUUCCCGACCUUGCCUCCUGGUUCUGACAAGGACAUCAGCUCCGAUCCAGUCUACAAUACCUUCCAUACAAGCUCCUCGGACCAAUAUUGGCUGGCUGCCUCCUGA